AUGACACGUUUUCGACGUGAUAUCUUGUACGAGAGAGCCCGGCAGCAGGAUAUACUAAAAGUUCAUCUGGGUUGGAUCUCCCCAGCCUGCGCGUGA